GAAAGCGAAGGAACUUCGGUGUUUAUUUGUAGGCUUUGAAAGGGGUUCCCUCCCCCUGCCGCCCCCGAGGGCUGUAGGACAGAGCGCGGUGCGGAAGAGAGAGGGGCACAGCUGGAGCGGGCUGUCCCCAGCCUCACCCCGCCGCCGCGUACCUGGGGUGCUGGAUGCGAGCUCUGCGGAGCUCCUCCGAGCGCAGCAGCGGCGGCUCGGCAGAUGUAAGAGGCGUGCGUGUAUACUUAACCCUUUCUUGGCUCCUCGGAUUUGUACCAUGCUGAAGAUCCUCACCAAAAAGCUCAGGAACCAGAGUUUGAACGAAAUUCAGCCUUUCCAGCUAAAGAUCUCCUACCCCCAAAGUGAUGAGGACAGCGAUGACUCUGAGGGAGAGAACCAGGAACUUGCUCAGAUUGAUAGAGAGAGAAGACGGAAUUGUACCUUGACCCCUCUGGCCCCCAACCAGCUCCAGAACCAGGAGAACCAAUGCUGCAAGGUCCAUGCCCUCCUCCACGCCAGCCUUGACCGCCACAGCUCGGAAGAGGAGCUUGAGCGCAUCCACCGGGAGUUUGCGGCUGAGAAGCGGAAGUGGUCGCAGGUGAGCAGGCUUGCCUGCUGCAGUGACAGCAACAACACCUCCUCCAGCGACGACGAGGUGAAGAACCUGUGUGCCAUGUCCUUCCGGCCUGUGGCAGAGCCCGCCGAUGCCCUGCACGCCAGCCCCAGCCCCGUGCUCUUCAGUGCCUCCCCUCCCAAGAGACUCCAGCCCUUGGUGCGGAGCACAGCCUCCAGACCUUUAAUCUUCACAAGUGUUGGGGCGGGCCUGGAGCAAGUCAUGCCUUGUAAGAGACAUCGACAAGGGUAUGGGGAUAAGGUCAGCAGGCCCAGCCUUGACCUGGAAAAAAUGCAACAGAAGAUGCUGCUUAAGAAGAAUUGUGGAGCGAAGACUAGAGUAAUUAAAAUUCGUAGCAUCAAUGGAGGCUGCCCGCCACCCCACUUUGUCUAUGAUCCAUCCACCUUUGCCUUCCGUUCCCUCAGCACCUUGAAGCCGCUGAGCCCGAUAGCUCCGGUGGAAGAACCGUCAUGUGCCUACUGAAGGAGUUUCUCCAAAAACCUCAGGAACUGCAAUCCAACCGCCUGCCUGGCAGGGAGAAGGGGAGGUGGUGAUACUCAAGGGGAUGGGUGGGAGAAGAAGAGGACAUUGACACUUCUUUGCAGUACAGCUUUUCUGGCAGCAGGAAGCGUAUGGCUUUGCAGCAGUGCCUGUUUUCCUACCAAUGCCAUAUGUGAAUAGUGGCAAAGGGAGAGAUUUUUGUCUUUCAGGGCAAAACAAUCCAGUCAGGUCCAGAAACUGGCAAGGGCAGCCACCAAGGCAGUGUGAAACCUGGGGAUGGUGGUGGUAGAUAUCUCCAAGGGGUUCAGGGGCUAGUAUGGCCUAUAUGGCAGCAGGGACAAGUGGUCCACGGGUGUGAAACCAAGUCCAGUUUCCCAAGGGUGCCUGUGUCUACAGUGCUUUGCUGUAGACCUGAUCUUUCUCUCACUCAGAAGUGAGCUCAGGAUUGGAGACAGAGGCUAUACAGGACUGCCUGCAAAGCAAGAAGAUCCCUCUCUGAUAUUGCUAUAAUUGCAUUCACUUCAAGCUCUUGUGAAUGGAAGACCCUUGGAGGGGGUGCGGAGAGGUAGCAGGCACAUCUAGCUGUGAGUUCCAGCUGGUCUGCUGGCAACUCAGUGAUAUCAUCUAAAAGGGGAUUGAAAUGAGAGGCAUGAGCCUCCCACUUGUAGAGUAAAACUCUAGAAUGGAAGGUCUGUGUUCAGCCACCUGAGAAAACACAGCACCCACCCUCAGUCCUCAGCAUUAUCAGAGAGAAAAGCUUGGGGGUGACUGUGUGCUAUUGGGUUCCUCUCUGCUGAGGCUGUGUUCUGGAAUACGCAGCACUUCUCCACAGCAUUACCCUGCUGCCCUAGCAUGAUGCUAAAAGUAACUGCUGUUACCAAACUCAACCAAAUCUAAUGUCUCCAGCAAGCUUUCCACUCCCCUGUUAUGCUGUCUAGUAAAUUCAGGCACACUUAUAUCAGUGGAACAAGUAUUCCCAGAUAUAGCAUAGAGUGGAAGAAAGAGGUCUCUGUUUUGUGGCCACUUAGUGGUAGGAGAGGAGUUCCAGUGAAGCUAUGGGACAUUUCUCCAUACAGUCAUAAGGCAGUUGGGACCAUGCUGGGCUUUACUGCCACUGGAAUUUGACUAGGAUCUGCCCUUGAGGUGUGUAUGUGUUCUGUGCCACAAGGCAACAGCUAAUAGAACAAGGUUUUACCUCUUCUGGUGAGGCAGAGGAACAAGGCAUUUCCCCUUGCUGCACUUGGCAGAGAGAGUAACCUCUUUGUCUAGGUGCUCCCCACCUUGAGCCUCUAUCUUGCUGAGUGCAAGGGGGAGUGAGCAGUUUACUUCUUGCUUGGAUCAAGAGGUACAACUGUGAGUAAAAUACUCGGUUUUAACUCUGCUGCAGCGGGGAGGUCUUUGAUGCCACUCUGUGGAUGAGACCAGUGGUCAGUCCGGCUGCCACUAAGAGGCUACACAGUGAACCAGCACUCACUGGUGCUUUCUGGGCCCUUCACUGAGACCCCUGGGGAAAGCCCAAAGGCCGUGGAGCCCUGGGGACCCAAAUCCUCAUCUCUAUCCUCCUCCCUCCCCAGCCGCCUCUCACACAGACAGGCAGAGCAGCUGGGCAACGCAGUGAGGGAACAUCUGUCCAGAUGCUGACCCAGCUCUUCCUGCUCUUUGGCUCCAGGCCACCACAGCUGGGCCACCCCCAGCACCAGCAUCACCUCCAGGGGUGUGCUUGCUUUUGUUGGUGAGGUACCUCUGGCAGAGCAUCGUGGCUCCCUGCAGUAAGUCCCUUUCUCCAAGAAAGGCCAAUUCCUCUGCUGAAUCCUCCUGCCCCUAUAGAGACUCUGCUUGUCUUGUUUUGAUGGCACACCUCUGCUUUUUAACUGCUGCCGAUCAACCUGACCAGUGCAGGACAGGAAGCAUUGGCCCUUCAGACCAAAUCCCUGUGCUCAGGACAUGUGGUCCCUGUCUCAAGAGCCACGUUCCCCAUGCAGAUGGCCCUUGCGUGGCCCCAGGCUUUGCUCAGCAAGAGCUGCUGAGGUGCUUGGCCCCAGAGCUGUGUUUCUGCCAACCCAUGAGUGCUGCCAGCUGCCUUCCCCAGGUGGGAGCACAGGGAUGUCCUGCCAAUAUCGAUGCCUUUUAGUACUUUUGUAACUUUUCUUGUCUUUUUGAAUUGGAAAAAUAAUUAAAACAGCAAUGAAAUAAAGUGUAACAGCUGCUAUAUUCA